AUGUUUGGCCUGCCGUCCGUAGCGGACCGAGUGUCGCUCACUGUCGUCUCCAUGUUCAUGGUGGUCGCCGUCUUGCUGCUCUCGCUGCAUCAGUUUUCGCCGAGCAGCCGCAUCCACAACCACUGCCGCGCGCUUCAGCGCGACGGCUGGUGGGCAGACAAGCAGAGCCUGCUGUGGCAGCCCAACGGGUGUACGCUCAGGAAAUACUCUGCGCUGGACGUGCAGAAGUGCCUGGCGCCGUCGCCCGCCCACACAUCGACGCUCAUCAGCGAACACGUGCUGUUCAUCGGCGACUCGUCACUGCGAAACAAGUUCUAUGCGUUGGCGAACAUUAUCAACCCUGACUAUAUGCGCACUGUGAGCGACACCAAGGCGCACAGCGACCUGACCGUCGGGUGGCCGGCGAUCGGCGGCGCUGUGGCCAGGUUCAUCUGGGAUCCAUACCUCAGCAGCAACCAGACCAGAGAGGUACUCGAGGGCCGCGCGCCGGUUGCGCCCAGAGUGCUUAUCGUUGGCACCGGCGCCUGGUACCUCCACAAUAGCGACGAGUCCGGCGGCGUGCACGAGUGGCGCAAGACUGUCGACCGGUUGGUGCUCGACAUAGCGGCACUGCGUGACAACGGCUCUGUCGAGCACAUCUAUGUCAGCCCGAUAAGCACGGUCGUGCCGAGCGCGCUAUCUACAGAGCGGCAGCGGACGCUGAACCCCGACACCAUUGGAAACAUGAACGCAUAUAUGGACGCACUUGAUCUGCCGAUGCUCAUGGCGUGGCUGCGGAUGACCGAGGGCAUGGCGGCCGAGACGCAGGACGGGCUGCAUUACUCAAAGGCGCUCAACAACCGCGCUGUUGGCGUGCUGCUCAACCGCGUGUGCAACCGCGAGGUGUUAACCAAGCACAUGCGGCCGCCGUUCCUCACAACGUGCUGCUUUGAGUACCCGGCGCCCAAUGGCUUCGUGGUGCUGAUGGCGGCGCUGACGGUGGCUGGGCUGCCGCUGUUGAUUGUACUUGGCAGGCAGCUGCCGGCCGGCGCGGUGCCGUCGGCGCGCACGCUGUGGCAGAUGCUUCUUUUCUGCAGCGUCCUGCUUUUUAUGUACGUGUGCGACCGGACGCCGCUGUUCGCCAAGCUGCACAAAAGCUUUGACGCGCGCGUGUUUGCGCUGCUCAUUGGAUUGGCGCUGGCUGGCGGCGUGGCGACGUGGGAUGAGGACAAGAGCGGCGGAUUCCUCGGGCGGCAGCAGACAGACGAGUGGAAGGGCUGGAUGCAGAUCGUCAUCCUGGUCUACCACCUGCUCAACGCGUCGGCAGUGGCGGCGAUCUACAACCCGGUGCGCGUGUUGGUGGCCAUGUACCUGUUCAUGACGGGCUACGGCCACUGCGUCUUCUUUAUUAAGAAGGCCGACUUUGGGCUCAAGCGGCUGACCAGCGUGCUGCUGCGCACCAACCUGCUGGCCGUCGCCCUGGCGUACAUGAUGAACACCUCGUAUAUGGACUACUAUUUUGCGCCGCUAUCCAGUGCCUGGGUGCUCGUUGUUUGGCUGACGAUGCGCGUGGCGCCGGCACUUAACCAGACCAACGGCGUGUGGUGCUGUCAACCGCUGGCACCUGUGGCCAUUCGCAUUGCUGGCUCGAUGGGCGUGCGUUGGGUGCAACGCGAGUGGGAGUUCCGCUUUGGCAUCGACAUCUUCAUUGUCUACAUCGGCAUGGCCACGGCGUUGGUCGUUGUGCGACACAGCGCACAGUUGCAGCAGCACGUGCGGUGGGCGCAAAUGCAGCGCUGGGCCGUGCUGUUGUCGGCCGCAUGCGUAGCGUGGUACUUCUGGUUUGAGGCGACGCGCAAGGACAAGUUUGUGUACAACGCCUGGCACCCUUAUGUGUCCCCAUUGGUUGUGCUGGCAUUUGUUGUGCUGCGCAACUCGACUGAGACCCUGCGCUGCCACACCAGCUCACUGUACCGCGCGACCGGACUCAUCUCGCUGGAGCUGUUUAUUGCGCAGUUCCACUUAUUCUUGGCUGCCGACACCAAGGCUGUGCUGGUGCUAACGCACCCGCGUCUGUGGUUUAUCAACCUGGCCGUUGUGUCGGUCGUGUUUGUCGGCAUGUGCCGUCUGCUGGGCGACGCAUCAGGCGCCAUUGUCGCGUGGAUGAUGGCCGUGCCGUUGGGUGCUGCCACUGCAGCUGCUGCUGCUUCUGGGGAACCCACUGCCGGCGGCGCCGACAACAUUGCGAUGCUCGAGUUAGGAUCGAAUUUGGUCACAGAUACCGAUGACACUGACAGUGACAGUCGGCAAGCACAGGUUCUGAGUCGCCUGGAUCGGCUGGCUGCCAAACCGCGGUUGAUAAUGCGUGUAGGACAGUGGCUGCGCCAUGUAGCUGUGCACUCACUGGGCCUGCGCUGGGCGCUUGGACUCUUGGCGCUGCUCGUACUCAACAACAUUUACGACUGA